AGCUCCGAGUCUCCGACGCACGCGUCAUUGUUUUUUAUAUGCGGUUUAGCUUUAGCUUCAAUGUGUCCGUCUCAAAGUUUCAGCGAUUUAUAAAGUUUAAGAUUUACAGUAAAUCUUUCGUCUCGAGUUCGGCUCAGUAACUGUUAAAGGAAACUUUUGGUCAACAAAAGCUAACAGAUCUGAAGACGGCAGGUUAAACAACGACUGGAAGCAGCAGCGGAAGAAAUGUCGGGGGGUUUAGACAAAACGGGCCCAGAUUAUGAAGAGGAACGGUCUCGUUUAAAAGAAAGAAGGCAACAUAACAAAACCCUGGAUGCUGCUUUGAACCCCAGAGAUCGUCUGCAUAGAUUGGUGUUCCCUGCAGAUGUUCAGCAGACAGUGCUGAUUAAAGAAGAAGCUCCUGAAGAAUGGAGAUCUAAUGUGGACCAGAAGGACCCAGAGACCCUCAACAUAAAGGAGGAAGAAGAACUGAGGACCAGUCUGGAUGUGGAGCAGCUCAGUGUGAAGGAGGAGACUGAUGACACCAGAUUCUCCUUCACUGCAGUUCCUUUAAAGAAUUUCCCUGCAGAUGUUCAGCAGAUGAUUUCAGUUGUUGCAGAAGGUUCUGAAGAAUGGAGGUCUGAUGUGGACCAGAAGGACCCAGAGUCCCUCCAUAUGAAAUGUCAUCAGCACCAAGUGGAAGAUGAAGAUCUUCCAACCAACAGCUCUGCUGACCAGAUGAAUGUAGCAACUGUUGGAGAGGACUGUGGAGGAGCAGAAACUACCAGGAACCCAGAUCUGAAUACUAAUGAAGAUGAUUCUAGCUCUUCAGAGACUGAAGUCAGUGAGGAUGAUGAUGAAGAUGUGAAUAGUGCUGACUUUCUGCUGAAAGACUCAUCAGACUCUGGAUCAGAUGAAAAAAUCCAGUCAAGACAGAAAUCAUUUAGUUGUGAUGACUGUGGAAAAAGAUUUAACAGAAGAGAUCAUCUAAACAUACACAUGAUUAUUCACACAGGACAGAAACCAUUUGCUUGUGAUGUUUGUAAACAAAGCUUUGGACACAAGUCACAUUUAAACAGACACACGAGGAUCCAUACAGGACAGAAACCAUUUGCUUGCGACGUUUGUGGACAAAUGUUUAGAGAUAAGUCUCAUUUAAACGCACACAUGAGAAUCCACACAGGACAAAAACCUUUUGUCUGUGAUGUUUGUGGACAACAGUUUGGACAAAAGUCAACUUUAAACAAUCACAUCAGAAUCCAUACAGGACAGAAACCAUUUGCUUGUGAUGUUUGUGGACAACAGUUUAGAGACAAGUCCACUUUAAAUAAACACAUGAUAAUCCACACAGGACAGAAACCAUUUGCUUGUGAUGUUUGUGGACAAAGGUUUGGACGCAAGUCAAGUUUAAACGCACACAUGAGAAUCCACACAGGGCAGAAACCAUUUGCUUGCGAUGUUUGUGGACAAAGGUUUGGACGAAGGUCACAUUUAAAAACACACAUGAGAAUUCACACAGGACAAAACAAUGAAGUUAUAAACAUUAAGACAGUUUCUAAAAACACUUCAAAGUUCACUCAGUCUUGAAACUGAACAGAUAUGACAUUUUGUAAAAAUUAUUUUGAAUAAUUGUUUUUCAUAACUGCAGUAUUUUUUAUUUAAAGUAAUGUAUGUGUUAAUGUUAGAGAUGUAAUAUAUUUGUACAAGGCUGUCACAGAUUGUGCAUCUGAAAUGGAUACAGAGAUGCUAAUGAAAAGUUUGUUGGUCACAGGCGAUCACCUCUAGAGAAGCAGGCAGACAAUUUAUUUACAGUGGUUACUGCAUUUUCCUAACUGCUAUGAUAUGUAGAAGAACAUACCAUCUGAAUCUCUCCACACCAAAGCAAAGCAUGAAUAUUUUGUUUAGAUAAAUCAGAGGACUUUGAAGACCUGCCUGUUUAUUUCAAGUGAGCUGUGUGGAAAAGAUUUGUGAUUGUAAUUACCACGGUCGAUGAAGAGCAAUGAAAGGUGUUAGUAUGGCAAGCCAAGUAGGUCAUGAACUGAGGGACUUGAAACACUGUGGCAAGCCAUUGGUAUAUAUAUUUUUUAAUAAUCCUGAUAUCAAGUGUCAUAUUUUUCAUACUAGCACGCAAGCAGCUGAGAG